UGAAUGAUAUUUUAUCCAUUUUGUAUGAAAUUCAUUAUUUUGUUUUAUUAUGUAUACAAUAUAAUUAUGAAUCAAGAUAUAUAGAUAUAAAGUUCAUCCAUAAUUUGUAGUUUAGAAUAGGUAUAGUGUAUGGGCCAAGAUUAGCUAGGUCGAAAAUUAAUCCAUCGCGAAAGAUCUUUGACUAUUUAAGGUCGUACGCAAUAAGUAGUAAGUACAUGCUUACAUUAUGCAGUAUUGUCUCGUUAAUAUCUUGAUGCAUUUCUUGCUUUCCGAUAGUAGACACAGAGUCCCACUCUUCCAUCAUUUCCUAAAACUUUGUUAUCGCUUACUCUACAUCGGCGAUAUUUUAGCGAGCAAUGAGUUAUCAAAAUUAAAGAAAUAGAAUUUUUGUAUCUUUUUCUUUGCAAUUAGUAUUUCCCAUAUUAGUGCGCGACAUGAUUCCGAAUAUGCAUUGCUAACGAGCCAAUACUGUAUACUGUUUUAUGUAUGUUUCUCAUAAUAAAAAAAUUUGUAUUCAGUGGAAUCAAGAACGAAAUUACAUUUACAAAUCUAAGAUUUGUAUUUCAAUAUUGUACAAAAAGAACAUUAACUUUGCAUUAAAAGUUUUCUAGUACGACCUUGCUCGAAUGUAUUUCUAUUCAUUUGUCUCAACAUCCGCGUUUCAAUAAUUUCAUUCAUAAUUGAUAUUUAAUGACCUCGCUAUCGUGUUCCUCCUAUACCAAAAAAUCAUUAUGAUUUAUGAACUGUAAUUAUAAAAAGUAUUAAUCCUACUAUUGUAGGUAUUGUAUUUGAUAAAUUUUAUUAUUUUUAGAUGUUUUCAUAACAUACUCGUGGCCCAUGCCACAUCUGUAAACAAAACAGAAAGUAAACUCAUGUAAUAGAUUCAAAUGUUUUAUUUUGCAUUUUCGAUAUUCUUGUCAAUAAAUAACAAAUGAACCUUUUUUAAUACAUGUAUGAAUUUUACUUUUAAAAAUACAGUGACUUUGUACUAUAACCAAUUCAUUUCACAAUCUUCUAGUUUCUGUCGUAAUUAUCAUAACAGAAAGCAUGCAAGUUAAAAAAAUGUUGCGAAUAACUGAUACCGAGAAAAGGUAUUAUAAUAGUAAUGAUCAAAUCGAAACAGGUUCUAACAAUUUUUGGAAAAUAUUUCUCAUCUUAUUUACCAUUUUGGUUCUAACAAUUUUAUUUAUAACGUGCUAUCGUUAUAUACACAGACGAGUCAUUUCCAUUUUAAAAAGGUUCAUUAUAUUUUUGCUCUUAUAAUGUAAUAUGUAUAAUAAUAUAUAUAGUAUGUGUGUAGCAUACGCAUAUAAUGUUUAGUUGUUGAUAAUGUAUCAAUAUUUCGUUCAUAAAGCUUAAUUCGACAAAAUGAAGAUAACGGCGAUGACAGAUUUUCUAUAAUAAAAGAAAGGGAAAGCGAUUCUUAUGCAAAACGACGAUUUUUAGGGUCUAAUAUAUGUAAUUUUUCAAAAUUUCAUGUAAAAUAUAACGGCCACAGAAACAAACAAUAUGAAAAAAAAUGUAAAUUAAAAACCCUUUUACAGGUAUUAAAAGUAAAAUAUUAUAUUAAAAAUGAUCAUAUUCAAAUAAUCAUGAUAGUUUAGUUUUUAUAACUUAUGUAUGUCUAUGUGUAGAUAUAUAUGUAUGCAAAAAUUUAUGAUUAGGAAAAGAAAAAGCUGCUUGCUCCAUGUGCAAGUAAAAUAGAGACCUCUACUAACAAUCUAACAAAGCAAUUGCCCUUGAAAAUGUUUUUCCCAUCUUUUUCAUCAGCUCAUACUAAGUACAAAAAUAUAUCUAAAACAAUAUCAAAUGAAUGGAACAUUAAAGAUCUCGAAGAUUAUGAAAAUAUUUGUAAAAACUCACAUCAGGUACCAACCAAUUAAUAUCAAAUUUCACAAUGAACAUAACUUUUUAAUUGUAUGUUCUUUUCUUUUUAGAAUAACAAAAACAUUUGUUUCUCAGAUACAGAUCUCAAAUUUUUAGUAAUACCAUUAUCUCCAACAAAAUCUGAUAUACAGAAUGACGAACUGUUAUUGUGCAAAUGGAAUUCAGGAAAUAUUAACAAUUCUAAAAAACAAAAUAAUGUCAGUUCUAAAUUGAUAGACCUCAAAUUUGAAAACACUGAUUCAUUUAGUGAUAGUACACAAAAAUACAAAAUUUCCACUUCUAAGUCAAGUUAUUCACCUUAUCAUUUAUUCACAAAAAAUUUAACUGAUUCAAAAUAUUUCUCAGAUUCUGCAGCUGAUAUGUCGAAUAUUUUAUCAAAUGCAUUUUUUAACAAAUUAAAAAGGUUUUCAAUAAUUAACAGAUGUUAUUAAACUUUAUUUGAUUUAAUACACUAAUCAUUGUAAACAUUUGUAUAGGUCAACUAAUUCUUACACUAGUUCUACACUAUCUGAUAUGUCUAAUGCAAUUAAAAUAGAAAUUGAUCAACUAUUACAAGUUAACUCAAAAAUAAAAAAUAGUUCUAUAUGUAAUUCAGAUAAGAUUAAUACAGUUAAUAGAGAUAACUUAAAAGAAUUGAAAUCACAAAUAAACUUAAAUGAACAUAAUGUAUAUCUUAAAGAAAUGCAGAAAAGAAUGAAGUCAUCCGUAGAUAUACUAAGAUAUGAAAUAAAAGAAGCUAGAGAAAAAAUAUUGAAAACAGAUAAGAAUUUCAUUGGUAUAUCAUUGAUGAAAAAUAAUUGUAAAAAUUCAAUUAUAGAACAAACUGUACCAGAACGAUUAAUUAGUAAUAAUCAUAUUUGUAUUUCAUCAGAUAAUACAUCAGAAAUAUCUGAAACCUAUGAUGAAUUGGGAAUAUUGUUCUCACAAUAUAUCAAACUUCAAACUCAGCUAUGUCAAAGAAAGUAUUGUCCUUUAAAGAGAUAUUUGAGACAUAAAGUACAACACACUACAAGAAAAUGUCAAACAAAAUUUAAUUAUUCUCGCAUAUAUCCUUAUGACCAGAGACCAACAUGCAAUAAUGGAAAUAUAUGUAUAGACACAUAUGAUGAACUAAAGUUGAUGUGUACUACUCCAACAAAAAGAAAGGAUAUUUACCGAUGCAUGUUUAAAAGGCGGAAAUACAUUUUAAAUCAACCAUGCAUCAUAUCUAAUCAAAAUUUUGCAACAGUUGAAUAAAGUUACAACCAAAAUUGAUUCAAAAUAAAUUUAGAACGUGAAAUUUUAAUUUAAACAAUUACUUUCUUUUAGAUUAUUAUUUUAACCUCUUUUAAACAUAUUUUUAUGUAAUGG